AUGACUGUGGUGCCUUUAGAGGUGGCGGAAGUGGACCAGCGGAUCGGUCACUUCACUCCAGUCGCACAGUGGAACUUUCGAGAAGUGCAGCGAGCACAUCGAGGUAGCAAUGAGCGGCGUGCCUCUCGAGACAUUAAGCCUGGUGAUAAGAUUUUGGCCGUGAAUGGUGCUGAGGUCGAUGGGGCAAUGCUUUUGGAGCUCCAGUCUGCAGCCAGUAUGAGUUCCCCGAAAGACCUGGACAUUCGCUUGCAACGCGAAAUGCUGGAUGUUUUUGGACCUCAGCCAGAUCGAGCAGAUCGAGCAGACGAUUCUGAGAAACGAGACAGUCUUGGGAGUUUGUCCUCUGCAUGUUGGAAACCGCCCAAACCUGAAAAACUUGACAAAGCCAGGGACAAACCCGAGCAAAAUUGGCAAACCGGGCCAAGUGGCCGGGGCCGGCAGAGCCCAGCCCCACCUUCCAGUCGACACAGCACUCGAUCUGCAGACGACCGACGCUCUGAUAGCCACGGUGCUAGAUCUGGGGUUGGCCCUUUGUUGAUACCCCCUCAAUAUGAGGGAAAUGGAAGGAGGGCGAUCUCAGCUGAACCCUACACCUCUCCAACUGCACGGAAUUCGCGAAGCCGAGGGGACGUUGGCAUGUCCACCUUGAACCAGGCUGCACGCUCCAUGCUUCACUGCUAAUCAGUGCAAAGCCCAAGCAUUUGAGCGCAAGCCAUGCGUACAGCGCAUCAUUCAACUGUUGACAAGUUCGGACACCGGUG